UUGAGAUUGACAAAGAACGGAGGAGAAAUCCAACCAAAAAGCUUAAUCGCCUGAUCACUUAUCGAUGGAAAUGGGUGGCAAAAGUCACUUGAGCGAUUAAAGCAAUCAGUGUCGUUGAUAAAAUGAAACAGCUAAUAUUUAAGGGGUUCAAUUUAGACAAAAAAAAGUAAAAUCAUAUUCAUUUUGAACUUUGACCGUAGAAAAUUUAAUUUAAAAUGACAUGAAUGCCAAAAGAAAAUCUAGUAUGUUUGCGCGGUGAAUCGUUCUGUGAGUAUGUGCGAGUGUGUAUUGUGUUAUGUGUGUGUCUGUGUGUGUGGUGUGUUGAGCAACUGCGAAAUAAUGAGCAUACAUCUCUGUGAGUACGCACACCAACAGCACGGUCAUUCAAGCGUUCACACAGACAACUAUACACAUCGAAAAUCGAAGCAAAAAGAGAUGUGUGAGAAGAACAGGCUGGCAGUAGUGUACGAUUGAAGCCGAUUAAACUAACAAAUUUUAAGUGUACAUACAUUUCUUUUUGUAUAUUGUUUGUUCUCGGUUCUUUGGACUCGAUCGAAUCAACAACAAAUAAAGCGAGAAAAAAGAAUUUUUUUUUUUGCCAAAUUCAAAUCGUAUUCGAAGUGUUUCGAAACGAAACCACAUUUAAUAACGAUGGUAAUCACCAAGUGAUUUUUGGUGAAUGAUUGACCAGUGUGAUUUGUUGUGUGAAACUUUUUACGGCCGCAGAAUCGAACGUACUAUACACAAAAAGGGACUGAACACCGAGACCAAAAUUUCGCUUUUUUUUAGUGGAUUGUACAAUUGUGUAUGUUUUUUUUUGUGUGCCCGUGAAAUCGUCGAACCAAUAGGAAAUUCAUCCGAUAUACCGAUCCCAAUGGCUUUGAUAUAGCAACAUUUUUUUUGUGAAUCACCACUUGCGAAUCGUAUGGAAAUUUGUGCGAUUUAACCCGAAAGGAAGCAAAAGUGGGAGAGUUAAGUGUGUGAGAGAAGAGAGAAAAAAGAAAAUAGUUCGACAGGCAGGACGAGUGAAACAAACAUCAAAUAUCGAAUUGCAUUGAAUAUUUGCAUCAAAUACACACACACACACAACGUUGACGCGCGACAUUGUGAACAAUGUUCGGCCGUCGAUAUUGUGAUUGGAAUUUUUAUGAAAUGAAUCAAACGCCGAUCGUCAUUUUAAUUGCUUUAUUUAUUGCAAGUGCAAACAUUCAAAACAUUUCGGUGGUCGCCAACGAGGAACAACAAGCUGACCAACAAUUAGAACCCAUUCGAAAAUAUGCUGUGAUUGGAAGUAAUUUCACCGUUUUAUGUGAAACGGAAUCAAAUGUGCCAUUCAAAUGGAAUAAAGAUGGUGUUAACAUUGCGGAAUCGAAUAAAAGAUUCCAUUUGCGGCUUGAUAACAAUGAGCUACCGCGUCAAAAAUACUCGCUGACAAUUCGAAAAGUUGAAGCAAAUGACACCGGCAUUUACACAUGUGAGCAAUUUGGUCCGAUCGAUGGCGGCGCUGAGCCGAAGAAAAAGCGAUUCUCUGUUGCUGCCGUUAUCCAGCCGCGAAUUGUUGCCAAGAGCGCUGAACGCAUUGAACCCCGAAUUGGUGACAGUGUGCUGUUAUUUUGUGUGAUUGAAGCCCAUCCGUUGGCCGAUUUUGAGAAAACCAUCAAAUGGGUAAAAGAUGACGCAAAUUCCAUUGACAAACGGCCCAUGGCAACAUCUCAUUUUGAUCAAGUAUUCGUCGCAAAUCGCUCCAAGAUCAAUCGUUUGAACGAACAACGAGUAAAUAUUACACUUGAUUUGGCCAAUAUCACAAAAAAGGAUACGGGCCGUUAUUCGUGUAUUGUUGAAGUACCAUACGACGACGAUGAUGAUCAGGUAUUUGACAAUUCUCGACUGGUUAGCGGUUCUUCAGCUGUUUUUGUGCUACAUGCACCACAAGUCAAUUUUGAGACAGUUGAAGCAGUUGGUGCUACUGAAAUCUUUGUUAAUUGGACAACGAACAACGGCAAUUCACCAAUCACAAAGUAUACCGUUCAAUAUAUGAAAGAGGGUGAACCAACAUACCUAUACUACAAAGAACGCCUCAAUGGAAAUAAAACGUCUCAUGUGUUGGAAAAUUUUCAACCAAAUACAACGUACUAUUUAAAAAUUAUGGCUACAAAUAAAAUCGGAUUGGAUAGUCCUGUGUACGAUCACAAAACACCAGUUACAACACUUGCCGUCGAUCCAGUUUUUGUACCAGUGAUUGAAGUUAAAGGCAUGACAACCGAAACAAUAACAAUUGGAUGGCAUCCACCAUCAGCCCAUUUACUGCAAUACAUCCAGUACUAUGAAUUAACGGUUGCUUUAAAGGCGAACGAGUCGAAAAUCAUCGAAGAGGCCGUACAUCCACAAAAUAGCCGCAAUUUACCGUACAUGUUUGACAAUUUAAAAGCCGGCACUGAAUACAUUUUUCGAGUUCGUGCCUGCAAUGAACUGACCAAAAAGUGUGGCAAUUGGUCGGCUAGUGUCACAGGCGCCACAUCCGAUGGCACUGCCAGCAUUCCUACCAACUUGAAAGUACAUUGUAAUGUUACCGAUAGAACGGUCAUAUCCGUGCAAUGGAACGCGCCUCUUCAACGCAACGGAGUGAUCGUAAGCUAUAAUCUUGAAUUGAAUGGCGUUGCAUCGUAUCGGUCGGAGAAAAACCAUGCAUUGCGUAAUGACACCUAUGGUCCAAAAUCAAAAGUAGCUCUUGCACCACAAACAAAAGCCGAAUUCGAAAAUGUGCCAUUCAAUACUGAGUUUACGGUCAAAGUGUCGGCGAUAACACGAAGCAGAAAACCAGGCGCUGUUGCCACUGCAAAAUGCUCAACGCCUCGAUACAUACCGGACUGGAAGCCAAUUCUUUGGGGCAGUGCUCGCUCUGAUGGCAAAUACCUAAUCAAAGUAUACAUGCCGGAAUUGUCCGAGCGAAACGGACCAAUCUGUGGCUAUCGCAUCUAUUUGGUGCGAAUGCCGGAAUAUCUUGGAUUGGAAAGCUACAAACUUCCAGACAUUAAAAAGUUGAAUAUCAGUACUUAUCAUGAGGUGCAUGCAGAGACAAAUUAUCGUGGCGGUGUUUACAUCGCGGAAACACUCUCCACCGAGACCAUCCACAGGGAAGUGAUCUUGGGUGACGGUAAUAAUAACAAUGACGGAUUCCAAGGAGUCCAAAAUGCUGAGUGCCGUAGAUUGCUCAGAGGAUUUGUACCACCAUCGAAGCGUUCAUCAGCAGCAAAUUCAAUUGGAUUGAUGAAAACAACAACAACAACGAAACCAUUGAUUGACGAUGAACCAGAUGAACCAGAUGAACCAGAUGAGAAGGAACCGGAAGAUCCGAAACCCAGUGAAAUACCAAAAACUCGAAAACGUCGAUUCGAUCGAUUGGUUCGUCGUGAGGUUAGCACAAAUGCAAUUGAAGUGGAAAAUCCGGAAACUGGCAAAGCAACAACCACUGCACCCCGAGCUGAGGAAAGUAUUCAAAUUGUCGAUGGAAAUAAUGCUGAAAAUAUCGUUUACGAUGGCCCAUUGGAUUCGGAAAGCAUUUACUCCGGUUACAUUGAAGUGAUUGUGAACAAAGAUGAUAAAAGUGAAGUGUUGACCACAUACAGUGAAUACAUGGAUCCGUUGAACAUGAGUACGGCAAUUGAUUCCGUUCAAGAGGAGAAUCUCUCAAAAAUCUUGAGCAUUUUAACGCAAGUGCUUUGUGGCUUGAUCCUUCUCGUGCUGGUGCUGUUGACCACAUUGUGUGUAAUGCAUCGUGUCAACUCAACGAAACAACAAGGAAACGAUGUGAUCAGUCUGCGUGAUUCGUUGAGCCGUGCAUUCUGUGGCGGACGAAACAAUCAGAGUCGUCGUCAUUUGUUGGGAACAACAGUCCAAAAGCCAACUGACAUCGGGCCAAUUCACCGAGAUGACUUGCUACAAGCAUACAUUAUGCGACACAAAGACACUGACUAUGGAUUUUUACGAGAGUACGAAAUGUUGCCCAAUCGAUUCAAUGAUCGCACAACGAAAAAUUCAGAUGCCAAAGAAAAUGCGGGCAAAAACCGAUAUCCAGAUAUCAAAGCAUAUGAUCAGACGCGAGUGAAACUGUCAGAACGUUUGACAAAUGGAAUGACUUGUGGAACGGAUUAUAUCAACGCAAAUUUUGUCAUCGGCUAUAAAGAGCGCAAGAAGUUCAUCUGUGCCCAAGGACCAAUGGAUAGCACGGUCAAUGAUUUCUGGCGCAUGAUUUGGGAACAACACCUGGAAAUUAUCGUAAUGUUGACAAAUCUUGAGGAGUACAAUAAGGCAAAGUGUGCCAAGUAUUGGCCUGAACAAAUUAAUGAUACUCAGAAAUUUGGAGAAAUUACCGUUGCAUUCACACAUGAACAACGCUACACCGACUAUCUGGUUCGUGAAUUGAAAAUUACUCGAUCCCAUUCAGCACAUAAUAACGUCAAUUCGAACGGAAACGGCGGUUUGAGUAACGGCAGUGUCAGUGGUGACGAAGAAGAGGAACGCCACAUAACUCAAUACCAUUACUUGGUUUGGAAGGAUUUCAUGGCUCCCGAACUUGGAGUGAUUCGAUUCAUUCGCCAAAUUAAUGAUGUUUAUUCGUUGCAACGCGGCCCGAUAUUGAUCCAUUGUUCUGCUGGUGUUGGUCGCACAGGAACACUUGUCGCUUUGGACUCAUUGAUGCAGCAAUUACAAGACGAAAAUCAAGUGUCCAUCUUCAAUACUGUUUACGAUAUGCGUCAUCAGCGAAAUUUCUUAGUUCAAUCAUUGAAACAAUACAUUUUCUUGUACCGUGCAUUGCUUGAUGUCGCUCAGUUCGGAAACACAGAGAUUCAGCUGAAAGAUCUCAAUAGCACCGUCGAACAGCUGAAACAACGAUCAAAUGACAGCCGAGACCAAUGCAAAUUGGAAAUUGAAUUUGAGAGACUCAAUUCCGUGCUGGAUGAAACGAACAAGAGUUGUGCAGUUGGAGCAAGCGAAGAAAAUCGCAACAAAAACCGUAGUGAUAGUGUGAUCCCAUACGAUAGAAAUCGUGUCAUUCUCACACCAAUCGGUCCACAACCAUCCACAUACAUAAAUGCCACCUUUAUGGAGGGCUAUGAUAAUUCGGAAUCAUUUAUCAUAACGCAAGACCCUCUCGAAGAGACGAUAGGUGAUUUCUGGCGGAUGCUUUCCGAACAAAGCAUCAGUACGAUCGUAAUGAUUUCAGAAAUCGGUGAUGGACCACGUAAAUGCCCACGUUAUUGGGCUGACGAUGAAGUCGAAUACGAUCACAUUCUAGUGAAAUAUAUGCAAAGUGAAUCGUGUCCAUAUUACACUCGGCGCGAAUUCAAUGUUACCAAUUUCAAGAUAAAAGAUACAAUUAAAGUGACUCAAUUCCAAUACAAUGGAUGGCCAACGGUGGAAGGUGAAGUACCCGAAGUGACCCGUGGUAUGCUUGAACUAGUCGAUCAAACACUAGCAUUACAUGAAAAUCCCACAUAUGUAUCUAGCCCCAUUGUGGUGCACUGCAGUCUUGGUACUGAUCGUAGUUCAAUAUUUGUGACACUGUGCAUAUUGGUGCAGCAACUGCGAUUGGAAAAGAAGGUCGAUGUCUGUACGGUUGUGCGAAAAUUACGUAGUCAGCGUAGUCAGUUCCUCAGCACAUAUGCACAAUACGAGUUCGUUUAUAGAGCUAUAGCAAAUUAUGCCGAUUUGCAUAAAUCAGACUUGGACUCAUCGCCAUCACCAUCCGUCAAGACCAACUCCUAGACGAAGUUGUGAAAUAGUGACGAAAAUAUUGUUUGAAAAAAGAAAAUCAUAUGUGAAGUUGUGUAAAUGUGUUUUUAAAGAAAUAAUAUGAAAGGCCACCUGGGCCAAUUAUAUCGGAUUACAAAAAGGACAAACCAAAUUAUUAUAAAACUGUGAAAUGGUUUUACUCAUCUAUGAAAUUUGUAAAAAAAAGAGACAUAGGAAAUGCGCCACGGUGGCAAAUGUGACAGUCGAAGAAGGUGUGAGUAGUCUCUCUGAAUUGUUCUAUUUGUAAAAUCUCACCCAUCUCUUAUUUUAUGUGGAUUACCAAGGGUCAUAACAUGGCUCAGUCAUUCAAUUUGGACUGUAAAUUCGAUUUUGAUUUACUGUUCGCGUUGAACUUCUUUGUUUCAAUUUCUUGUCACAACGUUCUAGUUACGGGAAACAUUUUGGCCCAAUCUAGCAGAAAAAGAAAAGCGUUUUCCCUCUGUAAAUAAUGCAAACCAAUUAUUGCAAAAUAAACUAUUCGACAGCAUAUGACAUAUUCACAAAAUACUACAUAGAAAAAUAAGACAAUGACAUGAAAUUAAAAAAAAAAUGUAGUCUGUUUCCAAAUAACUACGCAUAAUUAUAAUCAAUGAUUAUGACUCUAUUAUUUGUCAUAAGUGACCGUAAUAUAUAAUUGAAAGAAAACAAAAAAAUAUGAUUAUUUUAAAGAGGAUAAGAGCAUGUUUUUGUCAUAUGUAUUAAUUUAGAAAACGAAUCGAAAUUAAAUACCAAUUUGCCAUAUUAGUCAUAGAAAUAAAGCAACCAACAUGUUAUGUUUUCUU